AUGGCUCGCUCAGUUGCCUUCUUGAUUAGUCUUCUUGCCUUGUUGCAGACGACUUUUGCUGCUACCCUUAGUAUGGGCCGUAUCAAGCGAGGUGAACAAGUGAUUAGUAUAGAAAAGACAAAUUCGGCAUCACCUACCUUCUUGAUCCAUGGUGGUGAUUUUUCGAAACAAGGUGGGGCCUACCCUCAAGCCUUAAUAGUCGCUGGUUAUGCGGAACAGAAAUGGGGAUUUAGGGAGAGUGAAAGAGAGAAGGGCUCUUACAACUUGACCUACCCUAAGGAGCUUAGGGGUAGCGAUUGGGUAAUCAGUGUCUUACCCGUCUAUGCCUUCCCACCUCGUAUUGCUCUGCAAUUAGGACAUGGACGUCAAAGCCUCACGACCCAUUGGAAACUUGAGAAGAUUCGACCAUCAUCAGCGUCAUAUCGCCUGUUGGAGCAUAUAGACGCCAUCUUGCAUUCAAAGGGGGUUAUUAUACAGAAAAUCAUGAUUUCUCCCAAUGAAGAACAUACUGCCACCUCGGAGCUACCCCAUGGAUACUCUACUCAGAUCAAUGUAGCACCAUAG